AUGGAGCCAGUGGACAACGGAGCCCAGGAUCACUGGGUUAGGGCUGCUCCUGUCAGCAAAUUGCAUUGUUCUAUAGCUAUACUAAGUCCUGGGAGUUCGGCCUAUAGUUUAAUUUUAAAAGUGCAUUUAGGCGUCCGUGCCCAAGUCUCGCGGGUCUGCGGCCGCAGCGCCACGUGCCGGAGCUCGAGGGGCGUGGUUUGGGGUCGGGCCGGCUGCCGGCCCGGGAGUCAGGACAUGUUCGACGCCAUCGUGAUGGCGGAUGAGCGGUUUCACGGGGAAAGGUAUCAGGAAGGCUAUGAAGAAGGAAGUAGUUUGGGUAUGAUUGAAGGAAGACAGUAUGGCACGUUACAUGGAGCUAAAAUCGGAUCUGAGAUCGGGUGCUACCAAGGUUUUGCUUUUGCUAGGAGAUGUCUCCUGCACGGUUCCACCACUGAGAAAGACAGCAAAAAGAUGAAGGUCUUAGAAUCGUUGAUUGGAAUGAUUCAGAAAUUCCCUUAUGCUGACCCUACUUAUGAUAAACUUCACGAAGACUUAGACAGAAUUAGAGGGAACUUUAAGCAGCUUUGUUCAUUACUAAACGUUCAGCCCGACUUUAAAAUUAGUGCAGAAGGUUCCAGACUUUCAUAUUGAGAAUGACAGAUGCACAGAGACGAAACAUCAAGGAACAGAUGUUCGUAUGUUAAGUGUUUAAAAAUGUGAUUAAAGGCAAAACAAUGA